AUGGUAAGCGGCGAGCCGGGGAAUGUAGCGUCGGCGAUGGCAUACGUAGAACUAAAAGAUGUGAGUAAAGACUACUUGAGCGGGGUAUGCUUAGUUGAUGAAGAAGGCAGCCAAUUAAUUGUGAGCAGCUGGGAUGGGACGGCAUCACUGUACGACUGGGAGAAGAAUAAGCGGAUGGGGAGGUUAAGCCAUGAGUGGCCGCUGACCAGUGUUGCAGUGUGCGCGGGGACGCGCAGAGCGUACGUGGGGAGUGCACAGGGCGAGGUGCUGGAGCUGGACUGGGAAUCCGAGCGGAUGGUGGCCCUGCAGGGCGUGCAGUGCGGGCUCGGGAUCUCCGCGAUGGGCAGCUACGGGCAGUUUGUGGUGGUGGGCUCGUGGGACGGCAGUCUAGCGGUGGUGGACACGCGGCGCAACACGGUACGGCACAUCCGGCGCCUGACGGGGAAGAUCCUCUCUCUGGACUGCGGGGCCGCGCGCGUGGUGUGCAUGACUACGGACGGCGUGUAUGUGUUCCGCACCAGCGAUAUUGACGCGGCGCCGGAACGACGCGAGUCGGGGCUCAAAUACCAGUCGCGGUGUGUGCGACUGGUGCCCGACGAGGAGGGCUACGUGCAGAGCUCGGUCGACGGACGCGUGGCAGUGGAGUAUUUCGGGGACGAGGGCCGCAAGUUUGCAUUCCGCUGCCACAGGAUGAAUCUGAAGGACACCCAGCUGGUAUUCCCGGUUAACGCGCUAUGCUUCCACCCGAAGACGGCGUUGCUGUACACCGGCGGCUCGGACGGGCGGGUAUUUGCAUGGAAUCUGACGACACGCAAAAAGGCCGAAGAACUCCCCAAGGUCGAGGACAGCGUGGUGAAGCUGUGCUGCAACCGCCGUGCGCUGGUGAUUGCUGCGAGCGACGACUCCUUCAAGACGUCCGCGGUGGUCGAGGACAUUGCGCUGCAACGCAGUCGCGUGUACGUCAAGGUGUUCUAG